CUACGUUGCCAGCGCUUUGUUUUCACCAACUUGAUAGCUCUCAGUCGCGCAACUGAGACGCUGAAGUUAAAGGAGAACAUUUUUCGCCCUUCUAGCGACUUUCGUGCUGCUUUUGCCAAGUGGAAGUUUGUGCUUUGUCGUUCCACGAUGGUGAAAGUGUCUUUUAACUCGGCCUUUUCGCAGAAAGAUGUCAAAAAGGACGCGGAAACGCUGAUUUCGGAGGAGGACAAAGAUGCGGAGGCUGCACUUCCUGUGCGUGGACAGUCUCGGGCCUGGUGCUGGUGCAUGUGCCUGGGUCUGGGCCUCAUGCUGUCUGGGAUGGUGGUGGCCGGAGCCUACCUGUACCGCUACUACAUCCUGGAGGAGGGCCAGGUGUUUGUGUGCGGGGUCAACUACCGCGAGGAGGACCUGACCAUGGCCCAACUGGAGAAGGUGGACGUGGAUCUUCCAAUCCCUCUGAGACAGCUGGAGGAGAGAAUCCGGGUGCUGGAGAGGGAACAGGUGGCGCUCAUUCACGUGCCCGUGCCCGACUUUGAGGAGGGAGACCCCGCAGACAUCAUCCACGACUUCCAGAGGAUGCUGACCGUCUACCUGGACCUGAACCUGAACAGGUGUUACGUCAUCGCGCUCAACACCUCAAUCGUCAUGCCGCCACGAGACUUCCUGGACCUGCUGGUCAAUAUCAAGUCUGGCACCUACCUGCCCCAGUCCUACCUGCUGCACGAGGACAUGGUGGUCACGGAGCGCCUGGAGCACGUGGACCAGCUGGGAUACUUCAUCCAUAAGAUGUGUCGCGGCAAGGACACCUUCAAGCUGCAGCGCCGGGACAGGAUUCUGGGUAUGCAGAAGCGGGCGGUGCUGAACUGCCACAAGAUUCGUCACUUUGAGAACAAGUUUGUGGUGGAGACUGAGAUCUGUGAGAUGUGAUCCAGCAUUUCUCUCAGCAUACUUUCACUUUCACUUUCUACAUACAGUUGGGCCAGAAACCAAGCAGUAGCAACAUCAGUACUACGAUAGUAUUCAAUACUGUAGUGUCAAUACUAUUGUAGUAUUACUACAUUAGUACUGAAUACUAUUGUAGUAUUCACUACUACAGUAGUAUUCAGUACUACAGUAUUCAAUACUAUUGUAGUAGUACUACGUUAGUAUUGAAUACUAUUGUAGUAUUCACUACUACAGUAGUAUUGAAUACUACAAUAGUAUUCAGUACUACAGUCAUAAUACUACAGUAGUGUCAGCCCUGGAUGCGACCAAUCAGAGCGCUGGUUUAGUAUGGUGGCCUCUGAUUGGCUGAGGCAACCUCACUAUUUAGGAUGAAUGGAGUGUAAAGAUGACUCAACAUAUUUAGAAGGUUGUUUUGUCCCAACUCUGGAAAUACUCCAUGAGAAUGAUUCAUUUGUAAUUCGUUAAUAAACAACAUGAUGAUUCAUUUAUAAUUCAAGAAUAAACAACAUCUUUCCUUUCCUGCUGGA